AUGGAAUACGGUAUUUGGGUCGGUAAUCUUUCUUAUGCCACCACAUUAAAUGCUAUCAAGGACUUUUUCAAGGACUGUGGCGAGAUCACUCGUAUCAAGUGCCCCAAGGGUAAUGGUGCCAAAAACUACAACAAAGGUUUCGCUUAUAUCUUCUUUGCUUCCCCUGAAGAGGCUGCCAAGGGCCUUGCCAUGAACGAAAAGCAGCUCGAGGGUCGCUCUCUCUUGAUCAAGGACUCUGAGAAUUUCGAACGUGCCGAUGGAUCCAAGGCACCUACCGAAGCCGAAAAGAAGGAGAUCAAAAAGCAAAAGAAUCCUCCAUGUGCUACCCUUUUCUUGGGUAAUUUGAGUUUUGACACCACCGAAAAGAGUAUUCGUGAAAAUUUUGAAUGGGCCGGUGAUAUUCGUAAGGUGCGUAUGGCUACCUUUGAAGAUUCCGGAAAGUGUAAAGGUUUUGGCUAUGUCGAUUAUUACGUUGUAGAGUCAGCUGUCAAAGCCAUUCGUGCUCCUGAUAAGCACAUGUUGGAUGGCCGUAAGGUGCGUGUCGAAUUCGGUAGUGCAGAAGCUCACAUGAGAUCAAAACCUUGGUUAAUGCGUGAAAAGCAAAAGGCCAACGAACCUCGCAGCACAGAUAACACAGCAUCAGCACCAGCAGCAUCAGCAUCAACAGCGGAAGGAUCUUAUCGCAGAAGAGACGAUGGUGGAGAAGGAGGUAAGCGUGCUGCCCCUACUGAAGGUGGAGAAGCUCCUUAUCCCAAGAGACAAAGAGGCGAUGAGGAUUUCAGAGAGAGACGACCCAAGAAGCCUGUCAGUCACGAGAGAGUGAAGCCUGGUCAAGCAUUAUAUGCUGCUCAAAGACAGAAGCCUUCUGUCCAAGAAUUCACCGGUAGUAAGACUGUCUUUGAAUAG